ACGUGUCACUCAUUCCGUAAACCUCGGACAAACGCGAAUAUUAUACCGCUUUACCUAACUGUAAUUUUCUGGAGAAAAAAAAAACUUCUUCAACUUCUUCCAAAGUAAACCGAACAAAAGGCUUAGUGCUCUUCACUGUCUCACGCUUUCUUUUGAGGAGGGAAUUCGGAGCCAUUUUUUUUGGCUGAAUAGGUUAGUACUUUUGUGUUGAGAAAUCAAUGAUGCCGAAUUCCCAACAUGAGUUUUCCGUUUAGUUGGAGCGGUUAAAAAUUAAAACAAUUGUAUUUGGGGGAUUAAGAUAAUCAAGUGUGAGGAGGGUAGUAUGGAACCUAUAUGCGAUUUUUGUCGAGGGGUGAGAGCAGUAGUUUACUGUAGAUCGGAUUCGGCUCGGCUUUGCUUGAGAUGUGAUGGGUGUGUUCACUCUGCAAAUCUGUUGUCGUGUAGACAUGCUCGUUCGCUUUUGUGUGAGAAAUGCAAUUCUCAGUCCGCGGUAGUCCGGUGUUUGGAUGAGAAAUUGUCUCUUUGUCAAGAUUGUGAUUGGAAUUGUAAUGGUUGUUCGGGUUUGGGACAUAGGAGGGAACCAUUGAAUUGUUAUACCGGUUGUCCUUCUUUGGCCGAAUUUAGACGGAUCUGGUCUUCAGUUCUUGAUGCUGGUGUGCCAGUUGGUGGUGCUUUGUCUGGUCAUGAUGAUUGUUUUGCCAACUGUUCGAAUCAAAGAGAACAAGGGGCGUCAUUUGGAUUGGAUGGGACUAAACUGAAUGAGCUAAAAUCUAGUCCUAAACUAAAGCCGUGGACAGAACCAUCUUGUUUGAUAUCAACUAAUGCAAAUUGCUUGCCUUAUCGUGGAGAUCAAGAACCUCUUUUCUCCGAGGCAUCGAAUAUGCCAAAGGGUUAUUCUGACCUCAAAGAUUGCAAAAUUCCUGUUAGUGAUGAUCUCUGUGAGGGUCUGAACAUAAAUGAUUUUCCGCUUACCUUUGAAACUGCAGAUGAGAUAUUGGACUGUUCACUAGGUAAAAGUGGAUACCAGUUUGAAAGUGUUGAGACAGACAGCAUACUGAUGGAGAACACCUUAUCAGUAACCAAAUCAGAUGGUCAUAUUGAGAAUACAAUAGAGGCAUCAUCAUCAGGACAAAAGGAAUGCAUGCCUUUUCCAACCCCUCAAGUUGGUGGCUUAGCCAGUGUGAUGGCUUCCAUGAACGGGAAUUCCUAUUGCAUGCUUAUGAAUCCUGGUUGUAACACCAAUCUUAGAUAUCCUGGUGGUCAGCUUCCUUCAACCAUGGCUCAUUCAUUAUCCAACGUUGCAGGGGAAAAUAGCCCUGUUGAUUAUCAAGACUGUGGAUUAUCACCUUUUUUUCUAACUGGAGAAUCGCCAUGGGAAUCAAGUUUAGAAGUUAGUUGUCCACAAGCAAGACAGAAAGCGAAGAUGAGAUACAAUGAAAAAAAGAAAACACGGACAUUUGGUAAGCAAAUAAGAUAUGCUUCCCGUAAAGCCAGGGCUGACACUAGGAAACGUGUUAAAGGUCGAUUUGUGAAAGCAGGUUUAGUUACUCUUCCUUGAUUACAGAAAGGGGCAGUAAACCAUAGAUUCCAACUUAAUGCCGCUAUAGGAAAUCAUAAAGGAUACACACUCCAAGAUGUUGAACUGGAUGUGAAGAACCUUGGAAGUAACAAGUUUUGGUGCAUAUUCUUUUGCCUUCCCAAAUACUUAGAUAUUUCUCUUGCUUUUGUCUCCAUCUCCAUCUUCUUAGCACAACGCAAAGCUCUUGUUGCAACUCAAUUUUGCUUAUCUUAUUUUGUACGGUGCACCCAUCUCUUUUCCAUGUAAUAAGCACCCAUCCGUUGCCAUCGAAUUGAAAUAAGGAGUAGCACUUUGUCAGAAUCAUAAAUCACUAUUUCUUCUUUCGGUUUGUUUCAACAGAACUAGAUCCUUCUCUU